CCGCUGCAAAUUUUUCCCACUGCCACAACAAACGAACUUCUAAUUAUAGAUACGCAAAUAAAAUCGAAAUUCUCAAUAUCGAAUACUUAAUCCAAACUGAGCUGACAUUUUGUCAGAAAAAUGUGUAUGUGCAAUUUUAGCUAAUAAGUUUUAAUUGGUGUAAAUUAAAAAAAAAAUACAUGUAAAAUUUUAUAAAAAAAGUAGCAGCUUCGUGAAACUAAGAAGAAAUAAGUGCAUCAAUGUCUGUUUAAAAUCAAACCCAUCCAAAUAAAGCAUUUAAACGCGUAUCGUCGACGAAAAUCGUAAGCGCGUCAGUUUUGCGUCGGUUAGCGUAACUUCGUUGAAUUCACGUGCGUACCCUAACAUCGUGCAAAUUCGAUUUAAAUUCACUUACUUUUUUAAUUUGUACGCGUGUGCUUCUGUAAAUCGUCCUCUCACUAUUUCGGGAAUUGUGUUUGAAAAAUUCGCAAAAAUUGCGUAGCGGGUCUCGGGCGCGUGCGCAUAAUAUCACCUCGCGGACGUACCGCACGUGGCCGCAAUGCAUCCGCCUACGGGCAAGCGAUGCCGGCAAAUCAGCAACACUAACAACAAUAACAAUAACAUCGCUACAACCAGAGUAACAACAACCACAAUGAUGAAACGUAGAAUUAACGCAACAGGCAUGGCGAUAAGCGCGAAAAACAACAACAGCAACAACAAUAACACCACAUUAGCUGCAACAACAUCAACGACGACGUUACCAACAAGGAAAACGUUUGGCAAACGUUGUCGUCAGCUAAGUGUGUUGGUGUGUUUUGUCGCCAUUAUCGCCUUAAAUAAUUUCGGUUGUCUGCUGACAUCGACAACGGCUGCCAUGCAACGUGAGAAUAUGCGCGUGCUGCCACUGCCCGAAG